AUGAACAGCAGAAAGUUAACAGCAACCAACGAAUCUGAUGGCGCAAUAAAUAAAUAUCCAUUUCCAGAAGAUGCAGAACGUCGUCGACGUACCAAUAUUCAACGCAUGCAAAAUGUUCUUCUUAUCUGGUUAGACAGUAACAUUGACGAGACGAAUGAUGAUUGCAAAAAUACAAUCAAACAACUGCGACGGGCUAUUAACGACACCAAUAUAUUCACAGAUGGUGAUCAGUGUUUAGAGUUCAUUAAAACAAUUGUUGACAAAAAGGCAUGUAUGAUUAUAUCUGGAUCACUUGGAAAACAUAUUGUGCCUCGUGUGCACAAUAUGUCCCAGGUCGACUCAAUAUUUAUUUUUUGUGAUAACGAAAAACAACAUGAACAAUGGGCAAAAGAUUGGCCAAAAGUAAAGGGUGUCUUCACGGGUAUUACACUCAUCUGUAAAGCACUCAAAUCGGCAGCUCAUCAAUGUGAGCAAAAUGCCAUUCCGAUGAGUUUUGUGAGAUCAAAUAAAAAGUUGGAUCAGUUAGAUCCUUCUUUUAUGUAUACCGUACUCAUCAAGGAGAUAUUACUGACGAUCGACUUCGAAAAAAAACAUAUACAAGAUUAUAUCGAUCACUGUCGCGGUGUUUUUGUUGACAAUGAAGAGGAAACAGUUAAUAUUAAACGAUUCGAAGAUGAAUAUCACGACAAAAAACCAGUUUAUUGGUACACCUGUCAUAUGUUUCUGUAUCCCAUGCUCAAUCGUGCAUUACGACUGAUGGAUGGUGAUAUCAUUACACGGAUGGGUUUCUUCAUUGCUGAUUUGCAUAGAAACAUUGAACAACUACACAAGGAACAGUAUGUUGGUAAAACUGCUACUGACACCUUCACGCUUUAUCGCGGACAAGGUUUAUCUAAUACGGAUUUUGAACGAAUGAUGAUAGCGAAAGGUGGUCUUGUUUCAUUUAACAACUUCUUGUCUACCAGUGAAAACAUCAAAGUUUCCCUAGGCUUCGCUCAAGAUGCUACAACAAAUCCAGAUCAAAUGGGAGUUCUUUUUAUCAUACAGAUUGAUCCUGGUCAAUCAACAACACCCUUUGCUUCCAUUGCUAGUAUCAGCGCUAUGAAAAGAGAAAAGGAAGUUUUAUUUUCGAUGCAUAGCGUGUUUCGUAUCCACGAUAUUAAACAGACGGAUGGAAAUGAUCGUUUAUAUCAAGUUAACUUGGAACUGACUGCGGAUAACGAUCCAGAAUUAAGCAGACUAACUGAUUACAUUCGCGAAAAGAACUUUCCAGGCAAAGAAGGAUGGUACAGAUUGGGUUCCGUAUUACAUAAAAUGGGUCAAUUCACCAAAGCUGAAGAUAUUUAUCAAGUUUUACUUCGUCAAACAGACGAUGACGAACAUACGGCACGUCUUUAUCGUCAACUUGGUUUAAUCAAACGUGUUCAAGGAAAAUAUGAAGAAGCACUUUCUAAUCUUCAAAAAGCCUUUAAAAUUCGACAACAAUCACUUCCUCUCAAUCAUACUGAAUUGGCUGAUUCCUACGACGAUGUUGGUAAUGUACAUGAUAACAUGGGUAAUUAUCCAAUAGCACUUUCAUCUCAUAAAAAAGCCCUUGAAAUCCGACAGCAAACACUACCUCCCGAUCAUUUCGAUUUGGCUUCUUCCUACAACAACAUUAGUAAUGUGCAUUAUAACAUGGGUGAUUAUCCUGAAGCACUAUCAUUUCAGGAAAAAGCCCUUAAAAUCAGUAAAAAAUCACUUCCUCCCAAUCAUCCUGAUUUAGCUCUUAUCUACGGCAACAUUGGGGAAGUGCAUAACAUCAUGGGUAAUUAUUCCGAAGCACUUUCAUUUCACGAGAUGGCUCUUGACAUUCGACAACAAUCACUUCCUCCCAAUCAUCCAGAUCUGGCUAUAUCCUACAACAACACUGGUUCAAUGCAUAAAAUCAUGGGUAGUUAUCCCGAAGCACUUUCUUAUUAUCAGAAAGCCCUUGAAAUCAGUAAACAAUCACUUUCUCCCAAUCAUCCUCAUUUGGCUAUGUUCUACAACAACAUUGCUCUUGAAAUUCGACAACAAUCACUUCCUUCUAAUCAUCUUGAUCUGGCUACUUCGUACAACAACAUUGGUAUAGUGCAUGUCAGCAUGGAGAAUUACACCGAAGCACUUUCAUCCUAUGAGAAAGCCCUUGAAAUCCAACAUCAAUCACUGCCUCCCAAUGAUCCUGAUUUGGCUGCUUCCUACAACAACAUUGGUAAUGUGCAUAAGCAGAUGGGUAAUUAUCUGGAAGCCCGUACAUGUUAUGAGCAUGUUAUACAAAUUGUACAACAAUCAUUACCUUCAAAUGAUCCCGAUUUCGAAAAUAUAGAAAAAACCUCAAAAAUGUAA